GCCGAGUUCUUGAAAGUGAACCACGUUACUUAAUACAAGAAUAUAGGCGCUUGUGUAUGCUAUGCCUUUAUCACCGCAUAUGGUAACGCCCUAUAAAUCAUGCUUGCCAAGUCUACCAUUGGACAAUUAUCUCGGUCUCUGGCAACUUCGUCGACAGCGGCCGUGAUUGCAGGCACUGCACCCUAUCAUGAGGCCAUUGUGUUUCUUCAUACACGUUUUCCACCCACAUCUUACCCCAAAGUAGUACCUUCCAAGCUUCAGCGCACUCUUCAGCUUCACGCGACUCAAUGGAGAGGUCUCAUUAACUUUUCAUGGUCUCCCGAAAAAUCGGUACAUGAACGGUUUGCCAGUUCAGACACUGCUGAAUGGGACUCGGAAGAUACAGAGGAGGUGUAUAAUGCAACGGCAUUCUCUAGGUCUCGCGGCAGACUCGAAUUGCGUGAAGUGUCUUUGCAGAACCUGAAUGAAGUUGAGAGCAAGCUGAAGACUCAUGCGUUGCCUGCCGAUCCACCGGCGCCAGUCAAUCUGCAUGACCCUAUUCAUCUAUAUGUCUGCACUCACGCAGAAAGAGACUGUCGAUGUGGGACGACUGGCGUACAGGUCUUCGAAGCGCUACGGAAGGAGGUCUUUCGGAGACACCUGACACAGCAGGUGAAGGUGGCUAGUGUCGGGCAUGUUGGGGGUCACAAAUACGCUGCCAAUGUAUUGGUGUAUCCAGAAGGAGAAUGGUUGGGUAACCUACACACGGAAAAUGUCCUCCAGGUCUUGGACUCCAUUUUAGCACGGCAUGUUGACUCAGAAAAGUCUCCGAUUCCACUCUGCCCAGCUUUCUGGCGUGGUCGUAUGGGACUGCACAAGGAGGAGCAACUGGUUCUCGCCAGUAAUUCAUAGUUUAUUCAGUUAACGACGUAUAGAGAAGUGUCAGUCUUUGCGGCUCUUAGAAAUGCUGCACCUACUUCGUGAACACCGCCCUUCAUCUAUGCACUCAAGAAUCCAGCACAAUACGUUGAUUCGUUGUUGAGCUCGCGUAUUUAUUACCAUAUAGGAAGCUCGCGGGAUGUUGUUACAAAGACGCGUUUCAUGGCUAUCGUUCCUGUUUGCAGCACUAGGAUCGGUAGAUUGAGUGGGUUCGGGAAGGUCAUCCAUUAAUGUGUAAUGCCAUCUUUUCGCGCAGUGGUAUCUC